UGCGGGAGCGUUUGCUCUCAGGCCAGCUCACGCUGCCCUAAUUGACCACUUUUCCUGUGGGCCCCCUCCCCGCCUUCUAGUUACUGUGGGGUUGUGUGUAGGGGGAGCGGGGGAGAGGGGAAGUCUCGCGGAAUCGCCUUCGGCCGUCUCCGGCGGCGCCAUCUUUGUGCCUGGCGAGCGACGGCGCCCGACGGGAGUCCCGAAGUCCGCGGUUCGCUUGCCAAGCUCUAGCCGAGACCGGAUCCAGGAAAUACGAGGCGGGCCUCGGUGGGAGGGACGAACUGAGGGAAGGGAGGGAAGGAAAGGGGGCGGCGGCGGCGGCGGUAGCGGCGGCGGCUCCUCUCACCGGAUCCGGUCCCCGCGCGGCGCGCACCCGAGGGGGGUCGGGCGGGGAAGCGGCGCCGGCCCGGACCCCCUCGCGGGAGCAAGCGGCAGGCGAGAAGGGUAGUGUCUGCAGCCUUUUCUCAAGUUUUUCACCGUGAAUUGCUGUGUGUCAGACUGGACAAGGUAUCUUAGUUGAAGCUUCAUCAUUUGAAAAAUUGGAGAGCAAGGAUGAAAAAAUGAAAGAUGUCCAGUUAACUUCAGAUGUCCAGGCCCUUAUUCAGGAUCCUAAGAAGACUACUGAAAAGAAGGUGCUUUUAGAGCUGGAGAUGUGAAUAAGACUCCUGUGCCAGAGAUCAUAAAUCAUCUGGAGGAUCCCACCGGGAUGACGUUUAGUUGUCAUGUUUCCUUAGGCUGCUCUUGCUGUGACAAUUUCUCAGACUUUCAUUGGUUUGAUGACCUUGUCAGUUGUGAGGAGAACUGAUCAGAAAAUGAAUGUGGUGUUGGAAGAUCAUUACUAUUGGAAGGCCGGUUAGCAUCAAUUUCCUAACAGAUACUUGACCACCAUUUGUUCUGGCAUGGCGCAGAGCAGCCCACAGCUUGAUAUGCAGGUUCUCCAUGACCUCCGACAACGUUUCCCGGAGAUUCCAGAGGGUGUUGUGUCUCAGUGCAUGUUACAGAACAACAACAAUCUUGAAGCCUGUUGCCGAGCCCUUUCCCAGGAGAGUAGCAAAUACUUAUACAUGGAAUACCAUAGUCCAGAUGACAACAGGAUGAAUAGAAAUCGCCUUUUGCAUAUUAAUCUGGGUAUCCAUUCUCCUAGUAGCUACCACCCAGGAGAUGGAGCGCAGCUUAAUGGGGGUCGAACACUGGUACAUAGCUCAAGUGAUGGACACAUAGAUCCACAGCAUGCAGCAAGUAAACAGCUGAUAUGUUUAGUUCAGGAACCACACUCUGCCCCAGCCGUUGUGGCUGCUACUCCGAACUACAAUCCAUUUUUUAUGAAUGAACAGAACAGAAGUGCAGCUACUCCUCCUUCACAGCCACCUCAGCAGCCAGCUUCCAUGCCAACAGGACUGAACCCGUCUGCUAUGCAAGGGCCUUCACCACCACCGCCGCCACCUCCCUCAUACAUGCACAUACCUCGGUAUAGUACCAAUCCGAUUACUGUUACAGUAUCCCCAAACCUCCCUUCUGGACAGACUGUACCAAGAGCUUUACAAAUUCUUCCACAAAUUCCAAGCAAUCUCUAUGGGUCUCCUGGUUCUAUUUAUAUUAGACAGACAUCUCAGAGCUCAUCAGGAAGACAAACUCCUCAGACUACACCAUGGCAGUCCUCACCACAGGGCCCAGUGCCUCAUUACAGCCAACGUCCUUUACCUGUUUAUCCACAUCAACAGAACUAUCAGCCUUCUCAGUAUUCUCCCAAACAACAGCAGAUUCCUCAGCCUGCUUACCAUUCACCACCGCCUUCUCAGUGUCCUUCACCCUUUAGCUCUCCACAGCAUCAAGUGCAACCUUCCCAGCUGGGCCACCCAAGUUCCCACGUCUUUAUGCCACCUAGUCCUUCAACUACUCCACCCCACCCAUAUCAACAAGGACCUCCUAGCUAUCAGAAACAGGGAAGCCAUUCAGUAGCCUAUCUCCCAUAUACAACAUCUAGCUUGCCCAAAGGAUCCAUGAAGAAGAUAGAAAUUACAGUUGAACCCUCUCAAAGACCUGGGACAGCAAUGAACAGGAGUCCUUCACCUAUCAGCAAUCAGCCGUCUCCACGGAAUCAGCACUCAUUGUACACAGCCACCACACCACCGUCAAGCUCUCCUUCAAGAGGAAUAGCCAGUCAACCAAAACCUCCAUUUAGUGUUAAUCCCGUGUAUAUUACGUAUACACAGCCAACUGGACCUUCGUGUGCUCCAUCACCAUCUCCUCGAGUGAUACCAAACCCAACUACAGUUUUUAAAAUUACCGUAGGUCGAGCAACGACUGAAAAUCUUUUAAACUUAGUGGACCAAGAAGAACGUUCUGCAGCCCCAGAACCUAUCCAGCCCAUUUCAGUGGUACCAGGCUCUGGGGGAGAAAAGGGAAGCCAUAAAUACCAGAGGAGUUCUAGUUCUGGAUCAGAUGACUAUGCCUAUACGCAAGCCUUGCUGUUACAUCAGCGAGCAAGGAUGGAGAGGUUAGCAAAGCAGUUGAAACUUGAGAAAGAGGAGCUAGAGCGGUUGAAGGCUGAAGUGAACAGUAUGGAGCAUGACCUGAUGCAGAGACGGCUCAGACGGGUCAGCUGCACGACGGCGAUCCCCACGCCUGAGGAAAUGACAAGAUUGAGAAGCAUGAACAGACAACUCCAGAUAAAUGUUGACUGUACACUGAAAGAAGUUGACCUCCUUCAAUCUAGAGGAAACUUUGAUCCAAAAGCCAUGAAUAAUUUUUAUGACAACAUAGAACCUGGCCCAGUCGUACCACCCAAGCCAUCUAAAAAAGAUUCGUCAGACCCUUGCACAAUUGAGAGGAAAGCCCGAAGAAUUAGCGUGACGUCCAAAGUACAGGCAGACGUCCAUGACACCCAGGCAGCAGCUGCUGAGGAGCAUCUAGCUGGCUCCACACAGAGUCCCCGGACACAAGCCCGCGAUGAAGACUAUGAGGGGGCCCCGUGGAAUUGUGAUAGCUGCACCUUCCUGAACCACCCUGCGCUGAACCGCUGUGAGCAGUGUGAGAUGCCGCGGUACACUUGAACUCCCAAGAGUCCACGUCGACCCGCCGGAGAAACCAGGAGCACCCACUAGAAGAAAAGGAAACCUUGGGAGUCUGUUCUGCCGGGGGAGGAGCAGCACCCCGGAGGGCUUGUGCUCACUCAAGAAAAACAGGGAGUUCUCUUUGUUUCGUGCUUUCGUUUUUUCCUUUCUUAACUCAUUGCAGAGUGCGAUAGAAAGGGAUACUUGAAACUGGGAAAGGAUUCACUCCUGAAAGAAUGUACACAGAGAAGUCAAGAGCUCUUCUGUGGAAUCCCAGUUGUUAAAGUUCCUGCUGAGUGGCCCUUACUUUAUAAACUAGAACUUUAAAUCGUGUGUUACAGUGUAUGCAGACAAACUGUGAAUUCCCAGAGCAGACUUACCUGGUCACAGCUCUCUGGAAAACCAAGGUUCCCCAUGCUUCUUCCCGUUGUUUCCUACUGAAGAGAAGGACAGGAAAAAGCACCCAGAAUAUGACUUUUUUUUUUUUUUUGGGCAAAAUAAUAAGGGUAUUUGUAAUUGCUGCUUUUUUCAGAGGUAAUUUCAAACACACAAACACAGUGGCUUAAAAUGUGAUUUGUAGCAGUCAGGAAUGAGGCAUAUUGUGCCCUUCAUUCAGCAGUACAAGCAGAGGUGAUAAGAUGCCUUUUAGCUGCACGAUAAUUCAUCAAGCUAAAGCAGCACUGGUAACUGAGACCUAACUACGCCGCACAAUCAAUUAGUUUUCAUGUUGCUGCAUGCUCUUAUGAGGCCAUUGGCUUUAAAAAUAACAAGUCCUUACCGAGUACGGUUUUAUGAAUGACCUCCUCGUAAAACUGCGCUUUGCCAAUAGCACAGUGAAUGUAUGCCCAAUGUAAAUCCAUUCCAGAAUCCAUUUGGAAAUUUUGAGCUCAGUUGUGGUUCUGUAAGAAAUGUUUGCAGUCCAUAGGGCCUUUUUUUUUUUUUCCUCCUUCCAAUUUUGUGAUGCAUUCACGAUGUUUACAGCACAGUGUUUUGUGCCAGAUCCUUCCUUAGCUGAAAAAAAAAAGAAAAUCAACAUUAGCUGUUCAGUACAGAUUGAUCUGUGCAUGUUAAUAAACCAGUGUGAAGGAAACUGCAGUUGGCCAAGGUCAUAAAGUUGUACACUGCGUUACUGGGGAGGAAGAGAAGGCUGGUCAAGAAACAGGAUUCAGAGAAAGGUGAACACAAAGGACUUUAAAACUAAGAACUGUUUCAACUUAACAUACUGUAUUCAGAGACAAUACUGAGUUUGUUCACGUAGUUCAGGUGAUACUAAAGCACUCCUUGUUUAUGCAACCCCAGCUUUAGGGUAUGAAGAACUGAAGAGAUAUAAAAUCUUGUGACUCACUAGGGCGCACCACUGGAAAAUUAUUAAUAGGACAUUUAAUUAAGGUCUCUAUCACUGUUGAAUUUCCUUUCUAGCUCAGAAUUGGAUUUUGGAAUCUUCCCGUUAUUUGGGUGAAUAUAAACAGCAAUAAAAUCAGUAGGGCUUCUAAUCCUAAAGGAUUUUACCAGAGGUUUUAACUUGAGGAAUAUCCACUCUCCCAUACUGCGUGCCCUGCUGCGCGCGCGUGCACACACACUCACACUCACACAAACUCUUGAAGCCGUCAUUGUAUUCUACUUUAGAAGUGAUAUCUGGCAGAUCUGGAAAAACAAGCUGCACUUAAUAGUAUAAUGAAACCAAAGGCUUAAUAACCCAUCAUUUUCCAUCAAAAUCAUCUAAUUUCACACUCGACGUACAGCUUUGAAAAGGUGGUUUUUUCCCCCUAGGUGGAAAAUCCCCCCACCCCCAAAACAUCCACUUGUCUCGCAAAAGUAGGCAUGGCUAUGUGAUGACACUGUUAAAACAUCUCUCAUAAAACUGUGGCAAAACUGUGAAAAUAAUGGUGAGAAAACAGAUGGGCUUAAAAGCAUUGACCUGAAAACUGCAUUCUUUAAAGGUUUCUGUGACGCUGGUAUCUGUCAGUCUCCAGUCGCCAUCUCUCAGUCCUGCUAUUCUGUAAUACGCCAAUGCCUUCACCUUUGUAUGGUUUCGUAUCUCUUUAGUGAUGACCAACCCCACUUGGUGUUAAAUAACAAUUUAGGGGCAAAAUAUAUAUACUGCUUGGUGUUCUAGCUAAAGGUUUACCAGUAUUCUUAGAUCUGCUGAAGUGGCAGCAGUUAACUUGGCACUUGUUGGUUGAGAAUGAAAGUAGCAUGUAUGGAAACAGUCAGAUGCUUUAUUAAAACCAUGUAGAUGACUUUACAACUAUUGCAUGAACACACAUCCAGGUUAAUAAGCUGUUCUCAUACAGUAGAUGCAUGGUUCCAGUCCUUUGGUGAUCUAUCUAGUAAAUCAUUGUUUUCACCUGCCAGGAAAAAGCAACCAGUCUGAUAGGUGUAGAGGGUGGGGUAGGAGACAUCAGAGCUGGAUUUUAAAGACGUUUCGUCUGUGUUCAUUUCUGGUUGUGCAGAAGUUUCAUAUGCCAGCAUAGGCUGUAUUAAGUUUUUAAAGUAAGCAAAAUUGUUUUACAUGGACAAAUUUGGUGUGCUUAACUGUGUCCCCUGUAUAUACUUCUUGCCCGUGGCCGCUUUAAGGCUUCCGUCCGCUUUCAAGGUGCCCUUUCAAAAGGAUCUCCUAGUCAGAUGGACGUGCGUGUGCGGCCGGCCUCGCAGUGGGGGACAGGAGGCGGGGGGUGCCCGUCUGCUGCGGUACUCCGGCUCUUCGGGUCCGUUGGUGCACUUCGUGUUUCUAGUAAAAAGUAUCUUUUCUUAAAACAUGACUAGUUUGAUUAUCUGGUAACACAUAGGCCUGACGAUACAUGUUACACUAUUUCAUGGUUUUGUAAACUGGGUUUUUAGAAAGCACAUUCGUUGUUUUGUUAAAAGUACAUCGCCCCUUAACUUUUGGACUAGGUCUGAAGAGUUUCAAGUGGGAGUGGAGGAGCCAGAAACUUUCUAAGCAUUGUCAGAUGUUUGGAAUUGAUAAUGACCUUGUACCCGAGAGCAAAAGGCAGGGGGUUUUAAAGAAACAAAAGAACUGCCUUGUAGAAAAGGUAGUUUUAGAGAAGACAAAGGAUGAUGGGGAAAGUGUUGCUAAUUUGUUUAUUUCCCUGAACGAAAUGGGAAGUGUGAUGAGCAGUUUAGUUUUUAAGGAGCUGGUCUCGAUUUUAGUACUUUCUAAUUAUUAAAAAAAAUAUUGUUUCUGUAAAUUUUGUCAUUGUUUUGUCCCCGUUAUUGAGGGUUCAUAUCCAACUUUCUGUGGCAACUCCGUUUUAUAUAGUAUUUUAAAAGGUAACUGUAAUGUCUUUGACAAUAUAAACAAAAAGCAAGGAUAUAAGGCAUAGAAAAUUUGUCCUUUGAAAUUAUCAGUGAUGUAUCCUGGAAUGUGAAGAAGAUGUUCCUUCAUAGUUAAAUUUGAUUUAAUAUUGUAACCACUGUUCAGACUUUGAAUGAAUCCAUGUUACAGUGUGUGUGUGUGUAUAUUGGUUGAGCAAGAAAAAUGACCAUUGAAAUGUUACUAUAAAAAAUCAGAAUAAAUUGGGCACUGUCUGUUGCACCACUACUGUAUCUUUUUGAAAGAAUUAACAGUAUUUUCUUAUUGUAAAAGUUAAUUCUGAUGAUGUUUUCACAUUCACUAGACCUGCAUUUCUUUUCUUUAUUAUUUGCAUCCCCAAAUAUUUAAUACAAUUAGAUUUUGCAUGGCUUGGGCAUUCAGAGAUUAAUAGGAUGAUGACUCAAUCUUAGUUUCUAAAGCCAUGAAAAGUUGCUUUGAGACUGAACAAUUCUGAAUUUUUAUUUAUAAUGACACCCAAUGUCCAUGUUUCCCUACUGUAAAAGAAUUGAUCAGUUUCUUCAUUAAAACAGCAAGAACUUAUUAAAUCUUGUAAAUACCAUGUUUCUUUUAGAUUUCUGUGUAUGCUGUGAAUCAUUAUUUUGAGGUGAAAUUGUACAAAGGCAUUUUAAAAGGCUAUGCAUGCAUCGUACUUCCAAACAGUACAUAUUCGGAAAGUCAAAGAUUCCUGCAAAAUAAAUUAAUAAACUAAAAGCAAA